GUCAUGGGUUGACCGCGUACACAUACAUCACAUGUAGACCUCUCUCUCUCUCUCUCUCUCUCCCUUUUCGACAUCCUUUUAUACUCUCUCUGUCUCUCUCUCCCUCUGUGAUUCUUCAGUCCCAAAUGUGGAAAAGUUCCCAAAAUUCGUCUGUCAAGAAUUGAUUUGGGAGAUGAGCAAAGCGCAGCCACCUGAGCCUCUUGAUUUCUUCAUCUGGACUGUUGAGGAUGUUGGUAGGUGGUUGGAAGAGAUAAACUUGGGAAGCUACCGCCAGAUUUUUAAAGAAAAUGGGGUCAAUGGUGAGUAUCUGGAAAGCAUGUCCACGUUCACGACCGAGCAGAUACUUCGGUUUAUCAGAAAGUGCCACAUGAAAUGGGGGGACUUCAUUACGCUUUGUAAAGAACUCCGGCGGAUUAAGGUGGCAUGCUUGAAAGGCGAUCAGAAGGUCCGGAGGCCGUGGUGGGCUCCAUCGUGCCUCUCAAUAGUCUCUGUGAAGUCAGCGAAGCGCGGCAGACAAUCGAGGGUUGUUUCAUUAAAGGUAGAACCAUGACGCAUAACAUGGUUUGCCGACGUAAAGGUUGCCUUGUAGAAGGAAAGUGAAAGUCGGAACAAACUCUUUGGUAUCUUCGCAUCUUGCCAGGUGCUUCCGUUGGUCCUUUCUUGGAGAACCAUCGUGUGCCUGCACGGAUUACGUGCUGUGCGAUUUCUGUUAAUUCUUGUAAAUGUUUUAAAUGCAUUUGCCCUAAUAUCUGAAGAACAAUAUCAUGUCAUUGCGAACAAAGUACAAGACACUGUAUGGUUUGUUG